AUGGCUCCUUUCAACUUGAUGGCAGUUUCUCUGCUUGGCUGCUUGUCCAGCCUUGCACUGGGAGCUCCUACUGCAACAACCUACCUGGGAAAGCGCGGAAACCUCGAUGAUGUCGCUACUGGUUAUGCCAGCGAGAAUGGAGGCACCAACGGUGGUGCCGGUGGCACUACUACCACCGUCUCGUCGUAUGCUGCCUUCACCUCCGCAGUCACUGGCGAUGAUGCCAAGGUUGUCAUUGUGGACGGCACCAUCACCGAGGCCGCCAAGCAAGUUCGUGUUGGAAGCAACACUAGCAUUAUCGGCAAGGACUCCAAGGCUAUCCUGAGCGGUUUUGGCCUUCUGGUCAAGGAGCAGAAGAACGUCAUCAUCCGCAACCUGGGUGUCCAGAAGGUUCUUGCUGAGAACGGUGACGCCAUUGGUGUUCAAAAAUCGACCAAUGUGUGGAUUGACCACUGCGAUGUCUCGUCCGACAGGGAUCACGACAAGGACUACUACGAUGGACUCAUUGAUAUUACCCACGCUGCCGACUUCGUCACUGUCUCUAACACCUUCAUCCACGACCACUGGAAGGCCUCCCUGAUCGGACACUCCGACAGCAACGGCGAUGAGGACACCGGUUACUUGCACGUCACCCAGAACAACAACUACUGGUACAACAUCAACUCGCGCGGUCCUUCCUUCCGUUUCGGUACUGGCCACGUCUACAACAGCUACUACGAGAACGUUUCCGACGGCAUCAACACCCGCCAGGGCGCCCAGCUUCUGGUUGAGUCCAACACCUUUGUUGAUAGCAAGAAGCCUCUCUACUCUACCGACUCUGGCUAUGCUGUAGCCAACGACAACGACUUCGGCAGCGGAGAGAACACUGCCGAGGCUGGAACCCUGAAGUCGGUUCCCUACAGCUACGACUUGCUUGGCUCCUCCAAGGUCAAGGCUUCUGUCGUUGGUACCGCUGGCCAGACUCUCACCUUCUAA